GAAUAUUUCAUUUUCGUCCUUUGAGUGGACGCUAACGAUUCCAAGAUUGAUGGCCACUGUUGCAAGCGUCGCGGAGAUUUUCUUGUAAACGCAAUUUUGCAGGGUAACCGAUAAUGGCUGGGGCUGAAGACUGGUCGAUGCUUCUAGCACAGCGCAAACGAACAGGGGACUUGCCGCGGGGAAUAGUCGAAGAUGUUCAUGGCGGCGGCCGUUGUAUUUGACGACGGCGCUGUUAGAAGUAGAACAACAAAGGCGAAUCUAAAGAAACCGUACCCGACCUUACGGAUCUUCUGAGAUAGUAGAGGCUGAAAACGCAACGAAGUGGCUGAUGACGUCCUUUUGGUGUUUAUCGGGGGUUCGGUUUGGGCGCAAACGCAUCCCUAUUGUCAGCUAUAAUGAAUGGGCUCCCCACGUUCGGAGCCUCGGCAUUAAAUCAUCGACCGAGUACUUUGCAUGGACUAAGAGUGGCGUAAGACCGCGAAAUAUUCCACCCAGGCCAGAUGUUGCAUACAAACUCUCUGGUGAGUGGCCUGGAUGGCCACUUGCACUCGAGAACAAGCGCGCCGCUGCUGUAGAGCUUUCCUUGAAACCUCCACUCUUGAGGACACGUAGCGACUUUGAGUUCCGAAAUCGCUUCACGCUGACCAAUGAGCGCGCGUUUUCCUGGUUUCGGAAUCUCGCACUUGCUCGCCUACCUCACCUAGAUUUUCAAUGUGCGCCGCCGCAUGUUGUUCCGAAUCUUUUUGUUCGGCGAAGGGGUGAAGACGAUAAUGCGUGGGCAGGACUGCAUGUAAAAGCUGCAGGAGGGCCGGUGAAGAACCAGACAUCCGGCGGCCGGCGCAAGUGGGUGUAUGCUUUCUCAGGUAUCCUACGAUCAAGAGAAAUGGGCAGGAUUUUCAUUUGCGAGCCUGAAAAAAAGGUCAGAUUUUGCCGACCGGACGAAAUACGAAUGCGCUUGCGCCCACGGUCGUCCGAGUUUACAGCACAGGUGCGUGUCGCCCUAAUAGACGGGCACCGCGUGCCAGCAAAGAGCGGCUUUGACGCAUGCGAUCAUCUCGCAUCUGUGCUGGGUGAUUUGCCGCGGCGGUCGAUAGAAGCGUGGGCUAGCUUCACGGGGGCAGCACAAAUGCGGAAAAGAUACUGCACGAUGCAGGUCUAUCUGCGAGCUAGUGCUUUAUUAGCGACGGUGCUCUAUCGCCCUGCAGGUAUCGAGCACGCAUUUCGUGGGGCGUCGGGCGAUGCGCAUAACAUGUUGCUGGGACAGAUGCGAUGCGUUCAACGCUUGACCUAUCGCGGUGUCAUGCGAAGUGGUGUCCCUGGAAACUGCGUCGGAUCGCUUUCCCGUCGCAUUCUGGGGGACGACAUGAAAAAGCGUGAGUUACCGUAUUACGUGGGUGACCAGGUCGAUUUCUUCAUCUACAUUCUUCGGACAAAUGAAAAUACAGAAUCCUCUCUGAGCGGAGUUUAUAUCCUUCCCAAGCAAGUUCUCCAGCAGCAUGGGUACCUCGCGGAUAUUGAUGCCGAAAAGCGGGGACGAAAAUCCCUGGUUCUCUACCCGCCGGGAGAGAACCUUCGAAAAGCGAAACGGAAACUGGACUUCGCGAAUGCACAGCAAGAAUUUUUCAUCGAUUUGAAAGGAAAGGAGCGAGGUAGCGCUGACGAUAUCGCAAAGCUACAGAAAAUACUAAAGAUGUACAGUGUGACUAGGAAAGUACCGUCAAACUAACAAAAUAUGCAUGAUAAUGUUUCGCGAAAGAUAUUAUGUGCUGCGGAAAACGAUAUGCCUGCAGAUGCAGCCUUGAUGAACAGUUCCUAGAAAAUGGAAUCGGAAUUUUCCCAAUUUUGUUGCUAGUCCGGUGUUGAUUCAUUUCAGAUGAAAGUUUUGAGCAUUACAGAAAAGGAAUGUCCUAAAUACGGC